UUGGAACCAGUGUAAAGUGUUCCCUUUGUAUGUCCUUUGGCACCCCCUAGUGGCGUCUGCAAAUAGCUGUACUGAAGAGGAAGUGAGGUCAUUGUAAACAAAGAAUAACAGGAAGUGGUGUUCAGGAAGCUCCUUUUUGCUCAGGGAAUCAUCUGUGUACAAUCUUCUUAAUCCUGUGCUUUAAAUCCACAAAACCGGCUUCAUCUUUUUACAAUAUUACAUAUUUUCCUCCAUUAAAUCCUGCCAAAUACAACAACUCGUCUGUUCCUUGGAGAAUGCAAUGCUGGAGAAUAUAUUGUUGAGCUGGCUGUAUAGCUGAAAAACACGUUGCCUGCAACAACUUUGAGUGAGGACAGCAUAGUAAAAAGAUGUCCACCUAAUGUGGGAUUUUAAGAAGGAUUUCAAGAUAGACAAGCUACACUGCACUUCAUCGCCAUGGAAACCACAGUCAAGUCAGUAGAGGAUCCAGAUGAAGACAAAGUGAAAGGCUCACAAGAUGGUAUUGAAACAAGUACAGUCUUCUCUCACCAUCGCUCCAGAAAAUCACGCUCUUCACGCUCAUCAACAAGCUCUAGUGUCAGCUUAGAAGCAGCAAGAGCCCGUGCCAAAGCAGAGGCAGCCAAAACUAGGCUGGCCUUCACAGAAAAGGAGAGUGAACUCAAAAUUGAGAAAGCCAAGCUGGAAGCCAGAAUUGAUUACAUCAACCAACAACGAGAAGCGGAAGCUGCUCAUGCAGAAGCUGUAGUGCUAGAGACAGCAGCAGCAGAUAUGGAUGGCUCAGACCACAUUCAAAAUAUUAAGUUCUUGCCCCUUCAAGAGAGCGCAUUAAAAAGAACUGAGGACUAUGUCACCCACCAUGCCCUGCAUCAGUUUCCACAGGCACCUAAGGAAGAAAAGGACGUUCACUACCCCCCACCUCCAGCACUCACACCUCAGCAAGAUUACACUGCUCAAAGUGAGGUCCAAUCACAGAUCAUCAAUAGGAGACCGAUGUACCAACAGAGGGAAACACCGCAGUUUCACACAGAUUUACUACAGCAGAGAUCACACAGUGCUCUCCCCUACAAGCCAUCACACUCAGCCAAUACAAAUCAAGCCAACACUACAACAGCUGAUCUUGCCAGACUUCUUGCUAAGAACCAGCUGGUGUCCUCAGGAUUGACAAAGUUUGAUGACCUACCCGAACACUACCAAGCCUGGAGGGAGACCUUCAUCAACACAAUUGAAUAUCUUGAGCUAUCAGCAAGUGAAGAAAUGGAUUUGCUGAUCAAAUGGCUGGGUAAGAGUACAAGUGAGCAGGCACUCAGAAUUAGAUCUGUAAAUGUCAGACAACCCUCCCUUGGUCUUAAAACGAUUUGGGAGAGAUUGAACAAAACAUAUGGAUCUCCAGAAGUAAUAGAGAGAGCUCUAUUUGGUAAAAUAGAGAACUUCCCCAAGAUCCAAAACAGAGACAAUCAAACACUUCAAGAGCUGGCAGACCUAUUAAUAGAACUGGAUGUUGCCAAAAACGAUGGGUACUUACCAGGGCUAGCUUAUCUUGACACAGCAAGAGGAGUGCAGCCCAUUGUAGAGAAGCUGCCUUUGUAUCUCCAAGACAAAUGGAUAUCUCAAGGAUGCAAAUACAAGCGAGAACAUGGAGUUGUCUUUCCUCCUUUCUGGUACUUUAAAGAAUUCAUCUGCAGGGAAGCUGAAGAGAAAAAUGAUCCCAGCUUUAACCUGCCCAGUCUCUCUACAACCUCCUACAAGAAAGAGAAGUUUGGUCAAAUGAAACCUGUCUCUGUACAUAAAACAAGCAUAUCAUCAUCAGAUACAGCGUCCAAAAUAGAAAAUCCUGACAGACUGUGCCCAAUGCAUAACAAACCUCACUCACUGAAGAAAUGCAGAGGGUUCAGGAAAAUGAGCUUUGAUGAUAGAAAGAAAUUCCUAAAAGAGAACAAUAUAUGCUUUCGCUGCUGUGCUUCUACUGUUCACCAAGCAAAAUACUGUGAAAUCCCCAUCAAAUGUACGGAGUGUGACAGCGAUGGACAUCUUGCUGCUCUUCACCGUGGUCCUGCUCCGCUGUCACAGCAAGGUUUUUUCCCUGCAUCAGAUAAUGGCGGGGAGAGAGAGGACACAGGGCAGCCAGAUGUCACAUCGAGGUGUACCGAGGUAUGUGGUGAGGACUUCAAAGGCAAAUCUUGCUCAAAGAUCUGCCUCGUGAACGUGUACCCCAAUGGUCAUCGUAAGCUACAGAGAAAAAUGUAUGUCAUUUUGGAUGACCAGAGCAACGUGUCAUUGGCUAGAUCAGAGUUUUUUGACAUGUUCAGCAUCAAGGGAGCUGCAGUGCCAUACACACUCAAAACCUGUGCAGGGAUGGUGGAAACAGCCGGCAGGAAAGCCCAUGGAUUCACAGUAGAAUCUACAGAUGGAGAAAUGAACAUGCCAUUACCUAUACUCACCGAGUGUAAUGAAAUCCCAAACAAUAGAUCAGAGAUCCCGACGCCUGAAGCCGCGUACCACCACCAUCACCUAAGACAGAUAGCGAGUGAAAUCCCACCUCUCGAUCCAGCCGCCGACAUCCUGCUGCUUUUGGGAAGAGACAUUAUUAGAGCCCAUAAGGUUCGUAAGCAACACAAUGGCCCUCACUAUGCACCAUAUGCACAAAAGCUAGACCUCGGCUGGGUCAUCAUAGGGGAUGUAUGCAUAGGAGGUGUUCACAAGACAAACACAGUGAGUGCCAUGAAGACCUGCAUCCUUGACAAUGGAAGACCAACUUGCCUUACUCCGUGUGAGAAUCAGAUACGAGUGAAAGAAAUCUAUAGUAUCGAAGGUAAUAGCAAGAAUCCUCUCCUACACAAACCCACACAAAGUGCAUCGUUGGUAUCAAACAAGGAUAAUCUGGGAAAAAUGGUUUUCUGUACAACAGAGAAUGACAACCUGCUGGCCCACUCCAUUGAGGAUCUAACCUUCCUUCAGAUCAUGGAACGGGAGAUCUUCCAAGAUGACACAAAUAGGUGGGUUGCUCCUCUCCCUUUUCGCCACCCACGGAGACGUCUCCCUAACAACAGAGACUAUGCUCACAGCCGUCUGAUGUCACUGCGACGGAUGUUAGAGAAGAAGCCUGGAAUGAAAGUGCAAUUCACAGAGUUCAUGCAGAAAAUGCUUGACAAUAAGCAUGCCGAGCUUGCACCGCCACUCAAAGAAGGGACAGAGUGUUGGUAUCUCCCCACCUUUGGAGUUUACCACCCUCAAAAGCCAGACCAGAUUCGUGUGGUGUUUGAUUCGAGUGCACAGUACGAUGGAAUCUCACUGAAUGAGGUGUUGCUUUCUGGGCCAGACCUUAACAACAGCCUCAUUGGCGUGCUUCUCAGAUUCAGAAGAGAACCUGUUGCAGUGACAGCAGAUAUACAACAGAUGUUUUACUGUUUUGUGGUGCAUGAAGACUGCAGAGACUUCCUACGUUUCCUGUGGUACCGGGAAAAUGAUCUCAGCAAAGAAGUGGUGGAGUACCGCAUGCGAGUUCAUGUCUUUGGGAACAGUCCAUCACCUGCAGUAGCAAUCUUUGGCCUGAGGAGGGCAGCAGAACACCAAGAGGCUAGCUAUGGCAGUGAUGCGAGACACUUUGUUGAGAGAGACUUUUAUGUUGAUGAUGGUCUUCGAUCAUUCGCAACUGAAGCUGAGGCCAUUGAUGUUCUGCGUCGAACACAGGAAAUGUUGGCCGUGUCAAAAAUAAAGCUGCACAAAAUAGCCUCAAAUCGAACAGAAGUGAUGAAUGCAUUUCCGGCAGAGGAAAGAGCUAAUGAUAUCAAAGACCUCAACCUCUCUGUAGACAACUUGCCUGUCCAACGAAGCCUCGGGGUCAGCUGGAACAUAAUGUCUGACACUUUCACUUUUCACGUGCCAGAUAGUCAAAAGCCAUUCACACGACGAGGCGUCCUGUCCACAGUGAACAGUCUAUUUGAUCCACUGGGGUUCUUAGCUCCUGUCACUAUUGAAGGCAGACUGCUCCUCAGAGAGCUUUCGACCCAAGAUACAGAAUGGGACACGUGUCUACCUGAGGGGAAAUUUGAAGAGUGGAGAAAGUGGCAUGAAUCACUGUCAGCAUUAAAGGAGGUACAUAUCCCACGCACAUAUGCAUCUUUCUCCAUUUCCAAUGCACAGCACACAGAACUGUGUGUCUUUGCUGAUGCUUCUGUAAAAGCAAUAUCAGCAGUGGCUUACCUGAAGGUUACGAAUGAGCAUGGUGACAGCGAAGUAGGCUUCGUCUUUGGUAAAUCCAAGCUUGCUCCCCGGCCAGAGUUGACGAUCCCCAGGUUAGAGUUAUGUGCAGCUGUAUUGGCUGUCGAGAUUGCAGAGUUAGUCAUCAGAGAGAUUGACCUGAAAGUGAAUGCAGUCAAAUUCUACACAGAUAGCAGAGUUGUGUUAGGAUACAUACACAAUGAGACAAGAAGAUUUUACGUCUAUGUGAGCAAUCGUGUACAGCGUAUCCGGCAGUCAACGCGGCCAGAGCAGUGGAGUUAUGUUCCAUCUGAGCUAAACCCAGCAGAUCAUGGGUCCCGGUCUAUUCCAGCGGCCAAGCUUGCACGCACCACAUGGCUGACUGGACCAGCUUUCUUGACCAAGCCUGUAAGUUCAGUGGUCAACACUGAAGAUGAGAUGACACAUGACCUUGUAGAUCCAGAUUCUGAUGCUGAGAUUCAGUCCAAGGUAACAUCCCUCACCACACAAGUUACUGACAAGCUGAGUUCAAAGAGGUUUGAGCAUUUUUCUAAUUGGAGCUCCCUCACCAAAGCAGUGGCCCGCCUUUGUCACAUUGCUCAAUGCUUCCGACUCCCACCAGGCAAUCACGGCUGCGUUGGCUGGCACAUGUGCAAGAAUGGGUUGUCAGUUGCUGACAUCAAGAAAGCAGAGAAUGUCAUCAUAAAGUGUGUGCAACAUGAAACCUAUUCAGAAGAACUGAAAUGCAUUAAGUCAAACAGUGACCUUCCAAAAACCAGCCCUCUUCAUAAACUUCGGCCAGUUAUUGACAGUGAGGGCCUGCUGAGAAUAGGUGGACGCAUUGACCAGGCAUUUGAGAGGUGUGAAGCCCAUCCUAUCAUUAUCCCAAGCCGUAGCCACAUAGGAACUCUGCUCGUCCGUCACCAUCAUGAGUGUGUGAAACAUCAGGGCAGACACUUCACUGAAGGUGCAAUCCGUGCCAGUGGUCUGUGGAUAGUAGGAGGAAAACGUCUCAUCAGCAGCUGCAUUCAUAGGUGUGUCACAUGCAAAAAGCUGCGAGGAAGAAUGGAGCAACAACAAAUGUCUGAUUUACCUGUUGAACGCCUGCAAGUAGAUCCCCCAUUUUCCUAUGUGGGACUUGAUGUUUUUGGGCCAUGGGAGGUCACCACGCGUCGUACCAGAGGUGGCCAAGCCAGGAACAAAAGAUGGGCAGUUUUAUUUACAUGUAUGUCCACACGUGCCAUUCAUAUUGAGGUAAUCGAAACCAUGACAUCCUCAAGCUUCAUAAACGCCCUCAGGAGAUUUUUCUCCAUCAGAGGCCAUGCCAAACAGCUUCGAUCAGACUGUGGGACCAAUUUUAUUGGAGCAUUCAAGGAGCUGAAAAUGGAUUCACAAUGUCUCAGUGAUUCAAGCGUAGAAGACUACCUCCUUCAACAAAAAUGCACCUGGGUUUUCAACCCUCCACACUCUUCUCAUAUGGGUGGCGCUUGGGAGCGCAUGAUUGGAGUCGCACGGCGAAUUCUAGAUGCCAUGCUCCUACAAGUUGGACCUUUAAAGCUAACGCAUGAAGUCCUUAUCACCUUUAUGGCAGAGGUCAGUGCCAUUGUGAAUGCCAGGCCGUUAAUCCCUGUAUCCACCGACCCAGAGGCUCCCCUCAUUCUAACUCCUGCCAUGCUGCUGACACAGAAAACGGGCACAUCUCUUUGUCCAGUCAGUGAGUUUUCAAAAGGAGAUUUGCUCAAGAACCAGUGGAAGAGGGUCCAAGCUUUGGCAGAGACAUUCUGGGCUAGGUGGCGGCAAGAAUAUUUAAGCACACUUCAAAGUCGGCAGAAGUGGCAAUCACAGAAACCCAAUCUCAAAGAAGGAGACAUAGUUCUCAUGAAGGACAGUCAGACAAAAAGAAAUCAGUGGCCAAUGGGAAUAAUUGUGAAGGUCAUUCCCAGUAAAGAUGGACUGGUAAGAAAGGUGGAAGUCAAAGUGACAAGAAAUCAGACAGUCAAGAUAUUCUCCAGACCCAUUUCUGAGGUGGUGCUGCUUUUCUCCCAGGAGGACAAGGAAACCUCGACAGGUUCGCCUGACUCACCGGCCUCUUCAGCAUGAAGGUCAAUAACAGAGCAGCUGAGUCAGGUGACAUCAUGGGAACAUCGUGUCGCACAGUCCACAGAUUAAAAUCAGAGAUAGGAAACUGUCGGUGAGCGAUAGCCUGAUGAACUCAC